AAGGGAUUUGCAGGUGUGAUUAAGUUAAGGCUCUUAAGGAGCUGAUCCCGGAUUAUCUGGGUGGGUCCAGUAUCAUCACAAGGGUCCUUAAAAGUGGAAGAGGGAUUGGAAGAGAGAAGCAGAGAGGUGGCAGCGUGAGAACUCAGACCCUGCAGCUGCCUCUGAAGAUGGAGGAAGAGGACUGACUGUGAGCUGAGGAAUGCAGGCAGCUUCUAGAAGCUUGCAAAGGCAAAGACUCAGAUUCUCCCUGUGAAGACCCUGGGAUAAAGAAAGCCCGGCCGACACCGUGAUUUUAUCCCAGUGAGACCCAUUUCUGACUUCCAGCUGCCAGAACACUAAGAUAAUAAUGCAGCUUUGUGAACAGAAGAAAUUCUCCAUCCUUAUUUUACAGAUGAUGAAAGAGGCUCCCCAUGGGGCAGGACCUGGUGAAGGCAGACCUAGAACCUGGGUGUCUCUGUUUCCGGUCUGGGGCUGCUCUGGCCCCAAAGGAGGAGCACGGAAUGGGACCGCGACUUAGUCUGGGGCCUCUGGGCCACCCGUGCCGGAAGCAGGCCCUGUUCAGGUUCCAGGCACCAUGGUUUCCGCGGCCGCCCCCAGCCUCACUGUGUCUCUGCUGCUGCUCCUGCGGGUCCUGCCCACGGCGUCCUACUCCGUGUCCCUGCGGGCCACCUUCCCCGAGGACACAGGGGGCAGCGGGGAGGCCGAGGGCGCGUCGGCCUCCUCCCCGAGCCUCCCGCCGCCCCGGACCCCAGCCCUCAGCCUCACAUCGGUGGGGCCUCAGCUCACGCCCCUGGCGGGCCCCAAGCCCCCCACCAACUUCCUGGACGGCAUCGUGGAUUUCUUCCGCCAGUACGUGAUGCUCAUCGCCGUGGUGGGCUCCCUGGUGUUCCUGCUGAUGUUCACCAUCUGUGCCGCUCUCAUCACCCGCCAGAAGCACAAGGCCUCUGCCUACUACCCCUCAUCUUUCCCUAAGAAGAAGUACGUGGACCAGAGUGACCGGGCCGGGGGCGCCCGGGCCUUCAGCGAGGUCCCCGACCGGGCCCCUGACGGCCGGCCCGAGGAGGCCCUGGAUUCCUCCCAGCAGCUCCAGGCCGACAUCCUCGCCGCCACCCAGAACCUCAAGUCUCCCGCCAGGGCCGCCCCGGGCGUGGGAGACGGAGCCAGGAUGCUGGAGGGCAAGUCGGAGGAAGAGGAGAAAGGCAGCCGAGAGGCAGACCAGGAAGCCCAGGAAGCCCAGGGACAUGGGGUCCCUGCGGAGAAACCGGAGAUGCCGCCAGAGGAGCCCUGCUCAGCGCAGGUGGAUGGGGCUCUGGCAGCCGCUGAAGAUCAAGGAGAGCCAGAAGCAGCUCCCUCAUUAGCCCCCGAAGCUGGGGGCCCAGCCGGUUCCCUCGAAAACCCCUGUGCUUGCGGCAGUGUCCCCCCCAGCAUCUAACAGGCCUCUAGGGCUGCCGGCCCUGCUUGUCGGACCCCUGGUGGUCACCUCCUUGGGCACAGAAAGGUCCUCGGCCCUUACCGUGCUCGGACACCCCCUACUCGGCCACUCCCCGCUGCAAAUCCCGGCAUGUCUGAUCCUACUACAGCAGGCAGAGAUGCCGGUCUCUGUUCCACCCUCAGGAAUCUCAUCGACUUCGAGAACAUUUGUCCCCGCAGCCCCAAGGGCUACAUCCCAAAGUACAGCUCCUCUGGGGACGUGGAGCUGAGGAUGUGUCCCCGUCACAGCCACGUCCGCUGGGAAACACAUGUCUCAGGUCCCUUGUGACAGUGCAAACAUCGCUGCUUUCCAUCGAGGGAGGAAAGAGAAAGAGAAUGACUAGGAGUUUUGGAAGAGGUUGAACAGAUGGGAGGUGCAGAGGUGCCUGGGGUUGAAGCGGGUAGAGGUACCGCAGAAGGUCAGUCAGGAAGCUUCCGUGAGGGGGCCCUGCACCGAUCACGACAGGUUCCUAAGUGAGCAUUUCCCAAACUGGGUUCCCUGGAAGAAAGAUUGUGAGGUCCAGUGAAAGAAUUGAGGAAACAUUGCUUCUCUGCUCUGCGUACCCCCCUUGGAGCCCCCCAAGGCUCUGACAAGUCCCGCAGUAAAGGUGCCCAUGGAAUCUGAUUUCGCUUAGCCUUUCCCCAAAAGCUUUUGGCCGCGGAGUACUUUUGGUUUCGUUUUACAGCUACAGAGUAAAAUCCUGAAGAGCACACUCUGGAGGUUACAGUUCCCAAUGUUCUCCAGGGAGCCCCCUCCCCAGUUCCUGGUUGGUCAGGGGUGAAGGCUGUGGAGGUGGAGGCUCAGCCUCUCAGGGGCUGCCUCUCAUCCUGCUACUGCUGCGGGCAAGGAGCAAAUGAAGUUUCUUGCCAGGGCCCCCAAGCAACCUAGAAGUGGGGGGGGCAGGGCUGUGUGUGAGGGGACCCCACUCUGGGGGAAUCUGAGGGGAUCAGGGAGGGCUUCCAACAGGCUGGAGCAGGGGCACCCUGACCCCCUGCCCUUCACACACACACACACACACACACACACACAUCUGGUAGCCUGUGCCCAUAGCAUUCUUUAGUCUUCGACAAGGGAGCCUGAGCUCCGUCCUGAUUUGGGGAGGCUCUUGGGGGGGGGGGUUCCUCUUCCCCAUCCCUCCGUCCGCCCUCCCCGCAACCUCUGCACAACUCUCCAGGUGCUAGGAUAUAACAAACUAGCACAAUAAACCUUUAUUCUGG